CGAUGUUGGGAAAUGCUGAUUCGAAUGUGGGGGAGAUCUCCUGUUUGCAUGUACCGAAGGAUUGCCUACUGCACCGAGUUUCGGUCACACUCGAUCUGUUUCGUAAAACUCAUACAGGAUCGUACAUGCGCCACAAGGAUGCUGCCGGAAUCGACGUCAUGACUUUCACCUUGGCACCCACCAUAACUACUGACAGAUGUCAGUCAUGGCACCGUUAAAUCCAUCACAUCGUCAUGCCAGGCUCAAUUGCGUCGAAUCGGUCGAUGCUGCGGGAGUUCCUGGCGUCCAUAGCAACUAUUCAGGGAGACUUGUCUAAUAUCACCGCGCCGCCCUUUGUCCUCGCCGAGAAUUCAACGGUAGAAUUACCCCAAUACUGGGCAGAUCAUCCCAAGAUCUUCGUAGCGCCAGCCACCGAGCCCGAUGCCGAAAAGCGGGCGCUGUUGGUUCUGAAAUGGUUUCUGGGGUCGUUAAGAAACCAGCAGUAUGCAGGACGAGGGGAGGAUGAGGGGGUGAAGAAGCCAUUGAAUGCGUUUCUCGGCGAACUAUUCUCUGGGAGCUGGAAAGAUAAAGAGUUAGGGGAAACUAAAUUGUUGUCUGAACAGGUCAGCCAUCAUCCGCCUAUAACGGCUUGCUAUCUGUGGAACGACAAGUAUGGCGUCCGAGCGGAAGGCUUUACACAACAAGAGAUAACGUUCAAUGGAAGCGUGAGCAUCAAGCAGAAGGGCUAUGCGGUACUCCAUAUCGACAAAUACGACGAGGAUUACCUUAUCCCGGUACCAAAUAUCAAGGUAAAGGGGAUAUUGGGUGGGACGCCAUACCCAGAACUGCAUGGAGAAUACUCGCUUAUCUCAUCAAAUGGAUACGUUUCCCAUGUCAAGUUCGGAGGCAAAGGAUUCUUUGGCGGGGGCACAAAGAAUGGAUUCGAAGCGCGACUAUUCCAUGUUGAUCGGCCAGACGAGGAUAUAUACACAGCCAAAGGAGCAUGGAAUGGGAGCUCUACCAUUCAAGAUGCGAGGACUGGAAAAGACGUCGAGACGUUCGAUAUCAACGCCCUGCCCUCGAUGCCUCUAGAAGUUGCCGACUUGGAAAAGCAAGAUGGAUGGGAAUCACGAAAAGCCUGGAAAGACGUCAUUGCGGCUCUGAGAAACGGCGAUAUGAAAACUACAGUCAAUGCAAAGUCCGUGGUCGAGCGUGGUCAGCGAGAGAUGAGGAAAGAUGAAAAGGCUCGUGGUGAGACGUGGAAAAGUGUGUUCUUCCAACGCGUCCAGCAAGAUCCGAUCUUCGACAGUCUAGCAUUCCAUGACAACAACUCUUUCACCGUCGAUCGAGGAGGAGGAAUCUGGAAGAUCAAUACAGACGCUGUAGAGAAUGCGAAGAAGCCGUAUCAUGGCGGUCUGCUGCCAACAAAUGAGACGGCUGGGGGUACUGUUGCAAAGGAACCCAGUAACAUGGAGGGUGUUCAGGAGCAACAGCAUAGCGGUGCGGCGGUCAAUGGCGUUUCGAGUAAUACAGUGACACACGAGAGGGUAUCGAUAGAUAGUUCCAGCAGUGGGAAGUUCAAGGGAAGGGUCGAAGAAUCUAACAAGGAGGCUCAACCUAGAGAUAUAGCCCAUGUACAGCAAGAACCAACGGAUGCGGAGGUCGAAGCGUUUCUCCGAGCAAAGUUCAGCGCUUCGCAUUGAGCCUAACUACGGCUGCCACAAGGAGACAUGAAUCAAAUGAUGACGUGCUAUUUAAUCGUAAUUACCAAUUCUCA